CUAGACUGACCCAGUGCAACGCCCUUGCAAUGAGCUCUUAAGUCUUUAUUUCCAGACGAUCACCACAACAGUUCCCUUGUAUCCUCUAUAGUUUUGUACGACUAGCCUAAACGCUGUCCAUAGCCGACAGUGGUCAAUCUUUGUCCAGACUGACGUUGGGGGUUUGUUCAGUGAUAAUAGAUUCAACAUGGCCUCGACCGGCCUUACGAGCCUAAGCCUGACGUCCCUCUCCUCUACGCUUUUUCGCAUUGCUGCAUAUAUUUUUCUUCGAGUGAUUCCGGCAAGAAUAUUCAAAACUCUCUUACCGUCCCUCUAUGUGCUAUAUAUAACAUCUGUAUAUCUUGAUUCGGCUUCGAUAGAGUCCGAGAUUACCGCAGAAAUCAAAUCUGCUACAGAAGAUGAGAAGGAAUUGCCUCCCAUCCCAAAUAGGUCGCAUGUUACAGAGGUGAAGUCACAUCCAAGCAUUUGGGAAUCACUCGUAUUCCUGGUAUCAUCUUCACGCUCCGAUUCGAGUCGCAUACGAAAAGCAAAUCUCGCUAUCAAUACCCUUCUCCUGCUUGCAGCUGCAGAAUUCGUGGUGUAUCCUGUGUUGGACAAGGCUACGGAUGUCACCUUCACUAGAGUUGGGGCUGUAUACCCAGACUCUGUCAAGAUCGUCGUCCGGUACCCACAUCACGACACAAAUGAAACGCAAGUCCAAGUGGUUUGGCGACAAGCUAGCGAUUCGCAAGUUAUCCCAGGCUGGAAGACUGGUCCUAUUGUCAACCUGACCGAGCAUAAUGACUGGGUGAAUACCGUUCGCCUGACUGGCCUCUGGCCGAGUACCAGCUAUGAGUAUAGGCUCCAAGAUAGUAACGAAACCUUACUGCCAUAUCCUACUGAGCCUAUUCAAUUCCGUACUUUCCCCGACCCUCGCAUAUCUGUUGGUUCACAUUUCCGUUUCCUUGCAACCUCCUGCGCAACACCAAACUUUCCAUAUGCACCUCUGCGAGGUCGAAGAAUCAAAGGCUUCGACCUCUUGGCCGAUUACCUCUGGCCUAGGUCCACGACUGUCCCUUCAAUCCCUCCUGCUGCUUCAAGGGCAUCAAAUGAUUCCAUUGGAGAUAUUAUAAAAUCGGCUGUGAACGAGACCGUGUCUGCCGCGUCUUCUGCGUUUUCGAAUCUUACGAAACCUGCUGCACAAUCCGAACGCGAUAUUCCUCCGGCUGAGUUCAUGCUUUUCCUAGGCGACUUCAUCUACGCCGAUGUGCCAAUGUACUAUGGAGACGAUAAGGAAGCCUAUCGACGACUUUAUCGCCGAAACUACCAGAGCCCUAGCUUCAGGAAAGUUUAUGAACGUCUGCCGAUGAUACAUACCUAUGACGAUCACGAAAUUAUCAACAACUACGCUGGUCAAGGCAAUGACUCGAAACCGCCUUUCCCCAAUGCCACCGAUGCUUUCCAACUAUACAAUUCCGACGCCAAUUAUGACCCACAUGCAGAUAAAGAUGCAUACUAUUACGACUUCCGUUACGGUGAUGUUGCCUACUUUGUGAUGGAUACUCGUAGGUAUCGCUCGACUUUCAGUGACGGGACAGUCGCAACACGCACGAUGCUCGGCGAGAAGCAGCUCGCUGCAUUGUACGACUGGCUAGGAAGGGUCAACGCUACCUCCACCUUCAAAUUCAUUGUAUCUUCUGUGCCUUUCACAUCCUUAUGGACUCACGAUGCCCAAGUUGAUUCGUGGGCCGCCUACGAGUCGGAGAAAGCAGCUUUGCUCAAUGCCCUACACUCCGUGCCCAAUGUCAUAAUCCUAUCGGGUGAUCGACACGAGUUUGCUACAAUCGAAUUCAACGCCGACGGACCCGGUCACAAAGUCAUCGAGGUUUCCACGAGUCCUCUCAGUAUGUUCUACAUACCUUUCGUUCGUACUCUUCGUCCUGCAAGUGAAAGUACGGUGAAGAGUGUGCGCAUUGUGGACAAUCAAGAGAUAGUGGAAGAAGUGCCGGAAGAAAGAGUCAUAAAGUACAUAGGCCCAGGCAAUUACAAAUGGUCAUCGUUCGAGGUGGAUACCAGAGACUUGAACCACCCCACUGUGCAUCUGGAGGUUAUGAUUGAUGGAUCAUCUGCGUAUAGGCUCGAAAUCGCCGGCAAACCUGUACAGCUACAUACAUCUACUGCCCUGGGUGCUUUCGUACCCGAAGGAUUCAAAGGCUUGCUCAGUAAGAUCGGUCUCAGCCCGACACGUUGGUUCUAAAGUUCCAACAAUCGCCCAUCUCGUGUAUUCCAUUUGCAUUAUAGACGAAAUGCGUCUGAAAGCCCUGAUAUUGUAUUCUAUUUAUCUUCACUAGAUCCACUGCCGAAUUGACGUUGUACGCGACGAUAAUGUUCCAUCUCCGCGGGGCUCACACUUGGAACCAGGCUAUGGAGCGCGGAGGUGAAGUCUUCUUGGGUGACCAGUACGUCAACUUCAUGAGGAUCAGCCAAUUCGGCGAGAUAAUACUGUGGAGUCAAGGGAUAUGGAUGGCCCUCAAUUUUACGCGUCGUGUUCAGAUUAGCUGAGAAUUUGUCAGUCAAGUGAUCUGUAGAUUGGCAGCAAACACACCAAUUUUAUCAUCAAUCUCGGUUGCCUUCCUGGACAUGGCCUUCAAUAACGCGUCGGCACAUAGGGCGUAGAAGUCAGCCCCAGUGAAAUUGAACGUGCAAGCUUCGGCAACUUGAUCCAACCGUAGAUCAGGAUGAAGUUUGAAUUUUCGCGUCAAAGCAUGGAGGAUGUCCAACUGGGCAUCUUUGGUACUACUAACGCCAAGGUAUAAUAGGCGGUCAAAUCUGUCGAUGAUUCAUUAGAACAGAGAUGGGUAACCAGCAUUACGACUUACCGUCCAGGUCUCAAUAGGGCAGGGUCCAGUAGAUCGGGUCUAUUGGUGGCUCCAAUAACAAAUAUAUCUGAGCCAGAACCACCGGAUGAUACACCGUCAAGCUCAGCCAAGAGCUGACUGACGAUACGGUCCAUGACACCGCCUGAAUCACCCUGGUUGCCUCGUUUUGGAGCAAUGGAGUCCAACUCGUCAAAGAAGAUCACGCAAGGUUUAGCGUCUUUGGCGCGCUGGAACACUCUUCGCACAUUUGCCUCUGACUCGCCAAUGUACAUGUUCAGCAAUUCUGGUCCUUUGACGGAGAAGAAGUUGAGCGCAAAGGAAGUUGCAACGGCCUUUGCAAGUAAGGUCUUUCCGGUUCCGGGAGGACCAUACAGAAGAAUACCUGUACCUCACUGUGAGUCCUCCGGCGAAAAGCUCGGGAUGUUCAAGGGGCAGUUGUAUUGUAUCUAGUAUAUUAGCUUUUACAUCUGCAAUGCCCCCGACAUCAUCCC